CCGGAAGCAGGCUCCAGGCUCUGAGCUCUGAGCCAUCAGCCCAGAGCCCGACGCGGGGCUUGAACUCGCGGACCGCGAUCUGAGCUGAAGUCGGACGCUUAACCGACUGAGCCACCCAGGCGCCCCGGGCUAAAUCUUUUCUUAGCAAGCGUGCAGACACACACGCCUAACAUUCGCUUGAAGCUCCGCCCCUCACGCACUCAACGCCCCUCUGUCGCGCAUGCCGUCCCCGGAGCGGACGUCGGACGUCGAGCGGAAGUGGUGUAAGGCGGCCGCCGGAGGUUUCGUUGGUGUGUUGCGCGACUGGGUCUAAGAGUGGAGUGGCCUGUGCGCCCGUGAAGAUAACGCUAUGUCGAUCGAAAUCGAGUCCUCGGAUGUGAUCCGUCUUAUCAUGCAGUACCUGAAGGAGAACAGUUUACAUCGGGCGUUAGCCACGUUACAGGAAGAGACUACGGUGUCUCUGAAUACCGUGGACAGCAUUGAGAGUUUUGUGGCUGACAUUAAUAGUGGCCAUUGGGAUACUGUUUUACAGGCCAUACAAUCUCUGAAAUUGCCAGACAAAACCCUCAUUGACCUCUAUGAACAGGUUGUUCUGGAAUUGAUAGAGUUGCGUGAAUUGGGGGCUGCAAGGUCACUCCUGAGACAGACUGAUCCCAUGAUCAUGUUAAAACAAACACAGCCAGAGCGGUAUAUUCAUUUGGAGAACCUCUUGGCCAGGUCUUAUUUUGAUCCUCGUGAGGCAUACCCAGAUGGAAGUAGCAAAGAGAAGAGAAGAGCAGCAAUUGCCCAGGCCUUAGCUGGGGAGGUCAGUGUGGUGCCUCCAUCUCGUCUCAUGGCAUUGCUGGGACAGGCACUGAAGUGGCAGCAGCACCAGGGGUUGCUUCCUCCUGGCAUGACAAUAGAUUUGUUCCGAGGCAAAGCAGCUGUCAAAGAUGUGGAAGAAGAAAAAUUUCCUACCCAACUGAGCAGGCACAUUAAGUUUGGUCAGAAAUCACAUGUGGAGUGUGCUCGAUUUUCUCCAGAUGGUCAGUAUUUGGUCACUGGGUCUGUUGAUGGAUUCAUUGAAGUCUGGAACUUUACGACUGGAAAAAUCAGAAAGGAUCUUAAGUACCAGGCCCAGGAUAACUUUAUGAUGAUGGAUGAUGCUGUCCUCUGCAUGUGUUUUAGCAGAGAUACAGAAAUGUUAGCAACUGGGGCCCAAGAUGGAAAAAUCAAGGUAUGGAAGAUUCAGAGUGGACAGUGUUUAAGGAGAUUUGAAAGAGCACACAGUAAAGGUGUCACCUGUCUAAGCUUUUCUAAGGAUAGCAGCCAGAUCCUUAGUGCCUCUUUUGACCAGACAAUUAGAAUUCAUGGUUUAAAAUCUGGGAAAACCCUGAAGGAAUUUCGUGGCCAUUCCUCCUUUGUUAAUGAAGCAACUUUUACACAAGAUGGACAUUAUAUUAUUAGUGCAUCCUCUGAUGGCACUGUAAAGAUCUGGAAUAUGAAGACCACAGAAUGUUCAAAUACCUUUAAAUCUUUGGGCAGCACUGCAGGGACAGAUAUCACUGUCAACAGUGUGAUCCUACUUCCUAAAAAUCCAGAGCACUUCGUGGUGUGCAACAGAUCGAAUACAGUGGUCAUCAUGAACAUGCAGGGGCAGAUUGUCAGAAGCUUCAGCUCUGGUAAGAGAGAAGGUGGUGAUUUUGUUUGCUGUGCCCUAUCUCCCCGUGGUGAAUGGAUCUACUGCGUAGGGGAGGACUUUGUGCUCUAUUGUUUCAGCACAGUCACUGGGAAACUGGAGAGAACUUUGACAGUUCACGAGAAGGAUGUGAUCGGUAUUGCACAUCACCCUCAUCAGAAUCUGAUUGCAACCUACAGUGAAGACGGACUUCUAAAGCUCUGGAAACCCUAAUUCCACUUUUCUUCAACUUGCUUGAGAGCAUGUACUUAAGUGAAGAAAUAUUCAUGUAUUGCUUUUUUCUUUCUAGGCUACCUUUUCUAAGCAAUUGUCUGAAUUAGGCACAAGAAUAAUUUUGUGAAAAUUCAUGUUCAAGUAGCAGCUACCCUUUUUAUAUUUUUUUAAGGUAUUCAUUUAUCUGUUUCUAAUUGGGGUGGUCAUUUGAUGUUUUCAGUAGUCUUCUACCUGGAGAGUGAAAUACUGCUGUUUCUAGAAGAGAGUUAUACUCUUUGAUUAUUUGAAAUGGUGAUUAAGACGUAUCUCCUACAGUAAAAUUGUAAAUAAGUAACUAUCCCAUAUUCAGUAGCUCUUUGCUGGUCCAUUCUUUUUAGAUGUUAAUAAACUUUACACCUUUUUUGGAGGUUUUGUUUUUAAAUGUAAAUAAGUGCUCAUCUAGUUAACAUAUUUACUAGUUAAGUAUGGAGGGUGGGACAUAACAUUCUAGUCUAGCAGGAAGUCAGUUCCUAUUUAGAAGGAUAGACUGAAUGUAAAAAGGCCAGGUAUUGAUAGGAUCUCAUUUCAUUGCCCUCACUGUCCACUCAUUCUUCUUAGCUGUGCCUUCUCAUGCGUUCUGGCCAACUCCAGAGAACAUCAUCUUCAUCUUCUGGAUAGAACUUAGUUGUAGGAUCCACUAUGAGAAUUCUGCUUUGGCAUCUCUGAGGGUUUGGCAUUGAAAAUGUGCUGUUGUUCUGAAGAAAAUUAGAAAAGGACCUGAGAUUUAGAGAAGUCUUUUUAGGUAUGUGCAUCCUUACCAGUUAAAAGCCAGUAAAACUGUUGAAAAUACUUUGCAAAUGGGGUGUCUUUUAUGUUUGAACCAAAGAUGUAUUGAGUGCGCUUAUGUUGAUGUUGGAGGGGCUGUGCCAGGUGUCAUUUCAAGAAAGUGAGACCUUAUUUGUGUAGACCUUUUAUGCCUCCUUUAAGUUUAGCACUCAUUAGGUACAAAUGAGUGGGGAAAGUUGUUUAAAUGAUUUACAUUGUUGGGGCACCUUGGUGGCUCAGUCGGUUAAGUGUCCGACUCGUGGUUUCAGCUCAGGUCAUGAUCUUGCGGUUCGUGAGUGCGAGCCCCACAUCAGGCUCUGCGUUGGCAGUGCAGAGCCUGCUUGGGAUUCUCUCCCUCUCUGCCCCUCCCCUGCUCACUCUCUUUCUCAAAAUAAACAAACUUAAAAAAAACAAAGUUUUAUAGUGUUCUAAUUUGCCUUUGAGUGAAAUAUAGCCUGAUCUUUUGCCUGGCACAGUAAUGCUCAAUAUUGGCUGAUUUAAUCCUUGGCAGCACUAAGAAAUCCCUCUUCCUCAGUCAUAUUCCCAAAACUUUUUUUUCCUUUUGCCAUUAAACCUGCAGCUUUUUGACAGUGUGUGCCAUUUUGAGUUAAACAUUAGCCAUAAAUCCAUGAAUUCAAGUGAAUGUAGUUUCACAGCCCAGUGAAAAGUUUUCAUGUAAGAAGUUUAAGGUGGAAAGAGGAAACAGCUUGUGCUAAGAAUCCUUUAGAAAUAUCUUCAAGAAAUUGGGAUUUUAUAUUUAGCCCAUGACUUUGUGAAUGGUUGAGCAGUACUGUUAAGAAUGAGAAACAACAGGCCUAAAGUGGAGUCCCUUGUGCUGGCCUUGUGCUAAGCUCCACACUGGCCAAGAUUUAAUAUCUACCCAAACUGCAGUUUCGGCCUGUCCCAGGACUGUAAUCAUUAACCAGUGAAUCUGGAAUUCAGUAUUUAUGAGGUAAUCUACCUGAUAGACCCCCUCUGGCCCCCAUAGGAAGGUAACCUUGCCUGAAACAAUCCACUCUUGUUAGAGAUCUCCUUUCCCCACCCCCUUCUGUGUAUAAAAGCCUUUUGUUCUGUGCAGUUCUUCAGAGCUCCUGUUAGAUGGGAUGCUGCUGGAUUCAUUAACUGCUGAAGUAAGUCAGUUGGAUCUCAAAAUUUACUCAGUUGAAUUUUGUUUUUUUAACAGUAACUUUGUGCUCACGAAGAACAAGAAUCUAGUUGGUCAGCACAUGUUCACUUACUCCUUCUUGGAAUUUUAUCAAACAUCUGUUCUUGUACCUAGUGCUGAAGGUGGCUUAGUAAGACCAGUUCCUGUCAGAACAGGGAAGAAAUGCCAGCUAAAAGGUGUAAUUGAAAUGGUGGGAUAGGAGAAGGGCACCUGAUAAUAAGCCCCACGGAGUUAGGAAAGGCUUCCUGAAGUUGACCAUAAAAGGACCAGCAGGAGCUGUGGGUAAAGGGGUUUGGUGGUCAAAGUUAGCUGAAGGAGACUUCCAGGCACUGCAGUGUGGGAUUCUUGCAAUGCAUGCAGUGUCUUGGGAGACCAGGUGAAGAGAAGCCUGGAUUGAGAGUCAUUAAAUGUACCUUUUUUCUUAAAUGAAUUAACAUAACAAAAGUAAAAAAAAAUUAAGUCUUCCACCUUUCCCAGGAAACCCUUGUGCAACUGUCUGUAACUUCCUUUUGUACAAACCUAAAAGGUAUUUGCACUUACUCUGCACAUAGCUUUUCUUAUGGGAGGGGCCCCAGGGACUGAGGCUGAGGUGAGAGAAGGGCCACCCUGGCUUCUGGACUCCCAUGCCAGCCCGUACCACUGUCCAGCUCUCUGUGAGCUGCUUGAGGGCCUUAGACCCUCUAGGCACACAGUGGGGUCUCUGUGCCCUUGUUCCAGGUCUGGGUAAAGCAGAGCAGUGCUGGAACCUGGCUGGCCUGCAUCCUUGGGCUAGGGAGUCUCUGAUGAGCUGUGGGUGCUGUGCACUGGCUGGAGCCAACUGUCAGAGGCUGGAGGUGUCUGUCUGAUGGUACCACUGGACUGCUUUUUCACUUUACAAAGAGAUGGCAGAGAUCAUGUUUGUUGGCCUCUUAACCAGUAUCAACGGGAGAGGAUAAGCAAAUGGGAGUUUGAUGGCAGUAACCAAUGGCAUACGGCAGUCCCUCAUCUGGUUUCAGUUACAUGCAGGCAACUGCGGCCCAAAAGCAGAUGAUCCUCCUCCUGACUUAGCAUCAGAAAAUCAAAUGGAGCCUAACAGCAUGUCAUAAUGCUUUAAUCAUUCACCUCUCUUCAUCUCAUGUGGGCAUUUCAUCUCACAUCAUCACAACGGUGAGUACAGUACUAUUUUGAGAUCACAUUCACCUUUUAUUACAGUAUGUUCUUAUAAUUGUUCUAUUUUGUUUUUGCUAUUAAUCUUACUGUGCUAAAUUUAUAAGCAUUAUAGGUAGGUAUGUAUGUAUAGGGAGAAACAGUGCAUAGCGCUCAGGACUCUUCUAGGUUUCAGACCUCCACUGGGGGUCCUGGAACAUAUCCAAACUGUGUGGCAGGGUGGGGGCAGAGGUGGACACCCGCAUUCUUCCGAAAACAUGUUCCAUCAGGUAGCUAGGAAAGUAGGUACUCUGCUGCAGCCUACAGAUACAACUGGUAUUUGUCUCCAGCACUUACAACUUAAAAUACACGGCAGUAAAGUUUCCUUCAGUAGGGUAAGGAUAUUUGCCCUAUUCCCCAUUCAGUUGUUAAAUUUGUAUUUCUGGGGGCACCUGGGUGGCUCAGUUAAGUGUCCAACCCUUGAUUUCCACUCAGGUCAUGAGUUUCGUGGGUUUGAGCCCGUCAGCAACUGGGCUAUCAGCACAGAGCCUGUUUGGCUCUCUCUGCCCUUUCCCCAUUGACUUCUCUCAAAUUAAAAAAUAAAUUUGUGACUCUGGAUACAUUGAAAUCUGAGGAUGGGAUUUCAAGGCAACCUUUCUUUAAAUCUCAGGUACAAUUAUCUUCUUCAGUUGCUUUUCAACUUGUACUAAGAGCCCUUCCUUCCUAUGUAAGCAGCCUUGUUUAAUUCUCUGAAUUACUCUUAUGAAGUACAGCCUAUUAUGGUUUCCAUAAUACACAUGAAGAAAGGGACUUCCAGAGGUUCCCAUACCUUGUUCAUGGAGCACACACUGAAAGCCAGGUGCAAUUCCAAAGCUCAAUUUCUUUAUUCUUUGAAUCUGGCUGUUAGCUGCUUCUCUUUAGGUCUGGGAACAGGCAAAGAAUGCGUGAAUUGUGUCUCCACAAUCCAUUACAAUUUAUUUAUUUACCUAACCCAGCCACAGGAAGUGAGAUGAGUAAAAGAGCACUGAGUGACAACUGGGACUGCAGUUUUUACCGUUAACUUACUUGGGCCAGAGCAGUGGUUCUGUCAUCCAGUAAAUAAAUCAAAGGUAAAUUUUCAGGUCCUGUCCCUGACCUAUGGAAUCUGCAGUCGUGGCACUGGGGCUCAUCAACCUUGCUGUUUUGAGAUCCAGAACACUAGAGGGCAGUUUCUCCACUCCUAAAACGGAUGUUUUGAUUCUUGUUCUGCCUCACAAGGUUGUAGAUAUAAUCCAGUUAAGUGAUAACUGUUCAGGACUUAAGAAGCCUUUGAAAGAGCAUCUUUAUUUUGCUGUAGCUUGUUAGGUUUCAUUCACUGUAUUUUUACAACCUACACAUUUUUCCUAUAUUAUUUCAAAAAAGAUAUUGUGAUGAAGUGUACAUCUAAGCUGGGAAGCUCCCUGGUCUGAGCCUCAAACUUCUAACUGCAGUGUCAAAGGCUGCCAUUAUUGGACUUUCUCUUACCAAUGCAUUAUCCUAGAUGGUUAAUAGGACUAUGUCCCUAUGUUGGUAGUGUUGAACUUUGGCUGUUGAUAAACAUCUUGGUGCUUAAGCUACUACACCCAGCUCCAUGAUGUUAAAAUCCUGGCGUGGGGUGGGGGUGGGGCUCACAUGUUUUUAAGUUUCCCAGGUAACUAAGUGUAGCCAAGGUUGAGAAGCAGUACCAUAUGCAGAAAAAGACCUGAUGCUAAUUUCACAUACAGGAAGAUCUGCCACCAUGUUCCAUUAGCACCCUCAUGGGACAUUCUUAUCCCCUACAAGUAUGAGUGGAUGGGGAAGGCAUCAGAGCAAGCAUUAGUGCUACGGCCAGGAACUCCACUUGUGUGGAUGCACAUGCAUUCCUGUAGCAGACUUGGUCAGAGUUGUAAGAGAGGACCUUGGUCCAAGUUCUCAGGGGCAGCUUUUAGACUACAAACUGUUUCUGCCUUUCCUGGUUAACUAUUUCCUUUUCAGAUUUCUAUUUUUCUUUUAUUUUUAUACUGUAUAACUCAGUAGCAUUACAUUAGUAACAUUCACAACCUUGUAGAACCAUCACUGUUUAUCUAAAACUUUAUCACAACCAAUUAAGCAUUAACCAUUCAUUCCUCUUCCCCCUAGCCCUUGGUAACUGGUCUAUGAAUUUGCCUUGAUAGGUCAUUUAAGUACACAUACACAUACAAUAAUUUGUCCUCUCACACACGUACCAUCACAUUUUGUCCAUUAGUUGGGUAUGGGUUUGCUCCCCCUUUGGCUACUGUGAAUUUUACAAACAACACUGGCAACAAGUAUCUCACUUAGCCAAGGAGUCAAUUACUAACUGUAGGCUUUUUGAGAAACUGCUCAACUUUUCUAUAAGAGAUGCACCAUUUUACAUUCCUACCAGUGAGGUACUGGGUCCCAAUUUCUCCACGUUUUCACCUAUUUUCAUUUUGGAUUAGUAGGUGUGAAGUAGUAUUUCACUGUGGUUGUAAUUUAUAGUUGCCCUCAAUGACUGAUGUUAAACAUGAGGAUUUCAAUUUUUUAACAUGUUAUAUGUAUUACAACUCAGGGUUCUUUGGAGAAAUUUAAGAUUUCUGGUCAUACUUUGUUGUGUUUUCCUGCGUACCUGGCAUCAUACCCAAACAGAAGGGUAGCUGUAUGGUACUGACUAAAAAUGACAAUCUAAAAAUAACAGGUUAUUAAUUAUUUCACUAUGACAAACACUGGAAGUGUGAAAACUAUGUUUUAGUUUCUCCUUUUUAACUCAAAUGUGCUCUAUGAGGGAAACUUCGAUGUGGGCCACUUCUGGAGAAAUGUUUAACCUUACUGAUUACAGGAGAUGCAGCACAAUCAGGAUAAAUGGGUAAAAACUUUCACAUUUUCACACUAGUGUUUGCAAAGUUUUUAAAAACCCUUUUGGCUCAUUACUUACCCCUCACCCACUUUCACUCCCCACCCUUGUUUAACAUUCAACUAUAGUUAAGUACCAUUUUCAAUUACCCAUUUAACUAGUUAAAUGACAAAUUACCUAUCUUAAUUAGUGAAAAGCCAAUGCUUUUAAUCUAGGGGAAAAAAAAGCCUGUAGUGACACACUGGAAAUGCUUUGUAAUCAGUAUAUUAAGGAGACAUUCAUACAUUUCAAGAAUUGCUUAAUUCUGAUAUCCAGAUUUAAGCUUGUGAACAUGACUUUUAAACAUACAAUUAAAGCUAUUCAUCAUAAUUUGCUAUACUACCAACAUUAAAUUACAGUUACUUCGGAGCGUAAGUUAAAUUGUUUAAAGUAAGCCUGUAACAAACCUAAAACACCUUCCUAGCUCACACAUGCAAAUUUACUUUUCUGUGUAAAUAUCUCUUCACUCUAAGUUACCCUGCUCCCGAAGUCACUACUCUGAAGCUUAUCAUGGUCCAAAGAGAAGGAAAAAAAGUGUAACCAGGACUGGUGUGUGUGUGUGUGUGUGUGUGUGUGUGUGU